UGCCAGAGAAUGAAAAUGAGGGAGGUUUCUCUGAGACCGUUGCUAAAGAGACAUCGGAAUCAGCAGAUCCACUUGCAGCCCCUGCAGGUUUUGAGAAGUGGAAUGGAGUAGCGAUUUGUGCCUUGACAGAAGGCAUCAUUGUCUGUGUCAGAGGCAAAUGGGAAAGGCUGAACACAGGAAACCAAACAGGAACAAGAUCGCGAUAG